AUGAUCUUGACUUUAUUGGUAGUCAUUUCCACCUUGAUCACAGUGUUGUUAGUACUUGCGCCAUCACAACGAAAUCCAACCGAUAAACAAUGCUCAGUCCAGGUCGUAGUCUUGGGGGAUCUAGGCCGAAGUCCGCGGAUGCAGUAUCAUGCCCUCAGUAUUGCUGAUCAUGGUGGACAUGUGCAUCUGGUGGGAUAUCGAGACACAGAACCUCUGCCUGAGCUUGUUACACAUUCAAAUGUGACCAUUGUACCGCUUCCUUCUGCUCCACGACUGCUACAGACAAACAACAAGUAUCUUUUUCUGGCAUUCGGUCCCGUCAAAGUACUUUUGCAAGCAUGGUAUCUCUGGCAAACCCUGGGCUAUUCAAUACCUCCGUCGAAAUGGAUGCUGGUCCAAAAUCCACCGUCUAUCCCAACUCUGCUUGUUGUGGCUGUUGUGUGCAUGUUCCGAGGGACCAGACUGGUUGUAGAUUGGCACAACUUUGGCUAUUCGAUUCUCGCCCUCAGGCUCGGAUCGGAUCAUCCCAUGGUCAAAUUAUCCAAAGUCUAUGAGAAAGUCCUCGGACGAGCUGCGAGCGCCAACUUCACCGUCACAAACGCUAUGGCUAAAGUCUUGCGAUCCGGCAUGGCCAUCAGGACGCCUGUACUUACCCUGCACGACCGACCAGCAGAACUAUAUCAGCCGUUGACAGACUCGGAACGAAUAGCUUUCCUACAGAAGUAUCCGCCUCUGGCAGAACAUUACAACUCCAUCAUCGACAGAAAAAUGAGACUUGUUGUUUCUUCCACGUCUUGGACAGCCGAUGAGGACUUUGACCUGCUCCUCGACGCACUGUGCAGUUACACUGCCAGUGCCACCUCUUCCCACCCUCAGCUACCCGAGCUUGCGGUCGUCAUCACUGGCAAAGGCCCUCUCAAACAGCAUUACCUUGACAAGAUCAAGAAAUUGGACGCGGGAGAUGCGUUGGAAAUGGUCAAUAUCUACACGGAUUGGCUCUCUUUUGAGGAUUAUGCCCUCUUGCUGGGUUCCGCUGAUCUUGGUGUAUCUCUCCACACCAGCAGCAGCGGUGUCGACCUACCGAUGAAAGUGGUCGACAUGUUUGGGGCUGCGCUUCCGGUGGCGGGAUGGAGCAAAUAUGCGGCAUGGCCAGAGCUCGUCACCGAAAAUGUCAACGGAAAGGGGUUUAACAGUGCUGAAGGGCUGGCCGAUAUACUGCGGGAGCUAUUCGACCCCGAGUCCAAGCACCUCAUGCGGUUGCGAGAUGGCGCCAGGGCCGAAAGCAAACAGAGGUGGUCUUCCGAGUGGGAUCCUGUGGCCGGCAAACUCUUCGGCGUUGUACAGUGA